AAAUAACUAAAAAUGUUGAUUAUGAUUUAUGAAAAACGGAAAGCUUGGGAAGAAAGGCAAGCUCGCAUCAAAUUAUAUACUGCUGCUGCUCUGGUGAUUGUAAUCCACAUUUUGUAGCGGAUAAACAUUUUAAUUAGCAUCUCGUUCUUCUUCUCAGAUCCAGAUCUUUAUAUCAGGUUCAUCUCAUACAUUUUCAAAUUAAUGGUAUUUUGCUACUCUAACUAAAGAUCAGAUUUUCAACUGUUGGAGCAUCUUUGCGUGGAUUGAAACAUGUCUCGGAGGUAUGAUAGCCGUACAACAAUCUUCUCCCCGGAAGGUCGCCUCUACCAGGUUGAGUACGCUAUGGAGGCGAUUGGCAAUGCAGGGAGUGCCAUCGGUAUAUUGUCCAAAGACGGGGUUAUAUUGGUUGGUGAAAAGAAAGUGACUUCCAAGCUUCUACAGACCUCUGCAUCCACUGAGAAAAUGUACAAGAUCGAUGACCAUGUUGCUUGUGCUGUUGCUGGGAUCAUGUCCGAUGCCAACAUCCUCAUCAACACAGCUCGAGUCCAAGCUCAGCGAUACGCUUUUGCCUACCAAGAGCCGAUGCCAGUCGAACAGCUGGUCCAGUCCUUGUGCGACACCAAGCAAGGCUACACUCAGUUUGGUGGGCUCCGUCCAUUUGGUGUUUCCUUCCUCUUCGCAGGCUGGGAUAAGAACUACGGUUUUCAGCUCUACAUGAGUGAUCCGAGUGGAAAUUACAGUGGCUGGAAGGCUGCAGCUAUUGGAGCGAAUAACCAGGCUGCUCAGUCGAUGCUCAAGCAAGACUACAAGGAAGAAAUAACGAGGGAGGAGGCCAUUCAGCUCGCUAUCAAGGUGCUUAGUAAGACGAUGGACAGCACAAGUCUCACUUCAGAGAAGCUUGAAUUGGCUGAGGUGUUCCUCUCUAGUGGAACAGUCAAGUACAAGGUUUGCUCGCCCGAGGCCCUUAAUCAGCUGUUGCUCAAGUCAGGAGUUACUCAACCUGCUGCAGACGCCUCAUAAAGCCUGUAUUUUGUUAGACCGUCGUGUGUUGAACCUGUUUUCUGCUUGUUUCAGAAUCUGCCAUUGAUGAAAAGUUGUGUGUUGAAUUCUAGUAUCUAAAAUGCAGUUUAAGAUUUGAACUUAUUUUCCCCUCUUACCCGAUGUUCUAUAAAGUUGUUUUUGAGUGUAUGUGAGUUGAAGAAGUUUUUGUUUGUGUUAA